AUGAACUUCACGGGAGUAAGCAGCAGCCGACGCAGAACAGUCAAUCUAGGCAACAAGAAACAGCAGCAGCCAAACACCAAUUUCCUCCAACAGGCGAAACUACAACGGCAACAGCGAGAAGAGCAGCGCACAAAGGAACGAGCGGCCAAAGUUCUUCAAAAAAGCAUACAGCGGUAUCUUGACCGGAAACAGCAGAUUGCUCACCUUUUGCAAAGAUGGCAGGACGGUGAAGGUGACUUGAGCACAUGGCUUGCUGAUGCCGUGUUGCUUUUAAAGUAUCUGGAGCGCAAACCGGAAACGAUCCACGUUUUAGUCAGCGUUCUUUACAACCGCAUGAGCUCCAGCGCAGAGACAGUCGAGCAAUUGCCCCCGUUCAUCAACGCUAGACUUGUUGAUGGCCUCGCUGAUGUGCUUCCACACGCAAGCCGGCAAAACAAAGCUCUAAUUUUCAAGAUCUGGCGCUUGGUCCAUUUCCCCAGCGAUAAGCUGAUUAAUGCCUUGUACGACUGGAUACAAUCGGACCGAGAUAUCGACCCAGAGAUGCUAUCGGAGGUGGUUUCAUACGUGUUCCAAGUGGCAUGGGAGCAGGAGUUGGACUUUGCGACCUUUAUCCGCGUCUUGGGCUUGAACGUGUUUCAUGAAGCUAACCCGCACUAUUUAACAGUGAUUCGGGAUCGAGUGGAGUCCGCACACAGCGGACAAGUGUCGGCGAGCAAGGUCAUGACCAAGAACUUUUUCAUCAUCCAUGGCAACGAGAGCUUUACCGGCAAAGACUUUAAGUUGAUCUCGAUGAUUUUACCAGACUCUGCAGAAAAUAAUGAUGAAAAUGAUAUCGGUGAUGACGAUAACGAUGUGGUGGGUGAAUUGUAUUCACUAGAGUUUUUGCGAGGGGUGGUUUCACUACUACAGGAAGAACCAACCACCUCGCUCGCCAUCCUUUCGACUUUGCUUCGGCAUUCACCAGCUCAAAAGCAGGUCGUCUUCAACAUGAUAUGCGCCAGGGCAUCCAACAUAGCUUCAAUUUUCCAUCAACUAGUGCAAAUGGAUGCCUAUCUGAGGAAGAAUGACCGCGACAGGCUGUUUGUCAGUUUGUUCCAAGAGCUAGUUUUGUUUUGGUUGAUUGUUUCCAACGACUCUGAGUUUUACCAAGCAUUGUCGCGCGAAGAAGUUGUCGAAUUGACAAGUCUAUUGAAAUCCAUGUGCUUGAAAUUGCUCAACACCGACAUCAAAAGCGACUUUGCCGAAGUCUCGUUUAACUUGCUAACUCAGAUCUACCAAAAGAACUUGCGGCUUGAGUUCUUGCCCACGGGUUUCUGGAUACAGGACCUCAAGAUUAAUGUAGACAAGGUGAUUGUUCACGUGCGUGACAGCUUAAACGAAAAUGACAACGAUGAUGAUGAUGAUAAUGAUAACUACGAUUAUGGCUCUGGCUAUGGCUAUGACAAUGGGCGCGAAGAUGGCAAGAACCUGGACUAUUUAAGCCGAUUGAUGAAGAAAAUGCCAUACACAUUGCCGUUUUACACUCGAGCUCAGAUCUUUCAAGGAAUGGUGGACACUGAAAAAAAAGAUGAUGCCGUGCUGUUUUUCAUGGAGGCAACAAGAUUGAAAGCCAAGAUCAGACGAGAACACUUGUUAGAAGACGCCUUUUCGGCGUAUGCUCAAACGGGCUCCCAGUUCAAAAACAAGCUUCUGGUUGAAUUUCACAAUCAAUACGGGCUAGAGGCGGGCAUAGAUGGUGGUGGAAUCACCAAGGAGUUUCUCACGUGCGUGCUCGCUGCUGGAUUUGACCCCGAGGAAAGGUUAUUUCUGGAGACAUUUGAUCAUCAAGUGUACCCCACGGGCGAGCGGUAUGAGAUGCUAUAUUUCUUGGGGAUGUGCGUGGGGAAAUGCCUUUACGAAAACGUUUUGCUCGAUGUGCCAUUUGCCACGUCGUUUCUCAAUAAAUGGACGGGACAUCGAAACACAUUUGACGAAUUGCAAAUAUUCGAUCCGCUGUUGUACCAGAGUUUGAAAUUGCUCGCACAUAUGCCACCGCUGGAACUUGAAAAUUUGAACUUGAAUUUCAUGAUUGACGACAUGGGCAAGCAAGUGGAAUUGGUCAAGAAUGGUCAACAUGUCUACGUGACGAAACUGAAUGUUGCAAUAUAUGUUCAGAAAUAUGCCGAUUACAAGUUGAAUCGAGCUUAUUCGCGUCAAACCACCGCGUUCCUCUCGGGGGUGUUUCAAAUUAUCCCGCGCUGCUGGUUUCAAAUUUUUGAUGCGUUCGAAUUGCAGAAACUAAUCUCCGGCGAGAUGCUGCUGAUAAAUAGGAAAGACUGGCGUGACAAUUCCAUUGUCCAUGGGUUUGAAUUCAAUUCACCCGUGGUUGACAUGUUUUGGCAGCUCAUGGAUGAGUUUUCCGAUGAGGAUGUGGGCAAGUUGCUUGCGUUUGUCACUUCAUCCAAGCGAGCCCCCUUGUUGGGCUUUAGUCGGCUUGAGCCUAAAUUUGGGAUCCAAAAUAAGGGCAGAGGCGACGCCUUGCCCAGUUCAUCCACUUGCAUUAAUCUUCUCAAGAUCCCAGAGUAUCUGCUGAAGGAAAAAAUGAGGGAAAAGAUUCUUUACGCGAUCAAUGCCGAGGCCGGGUUUGACUUGUCAUGA